AUGGACUUGGUUUUCAAGGGGCCCAAUGCGUCUCGAAUGAAUCAUAGGGAACGUCGUUUGCAUCGUGUUUGGCGCCAGAUCACCGAGCUUGUCAAACAAUGGGAGCGGGGCAAUGUGGAUGCAAACUUGUUGAACAAAGCUACUCGUGCUUUUCGCAACCUUUGUCGUGAAGGCUUUAUCGAAGAAGAUGCUACAGAGCCUGUGGAUAUGCAACAGGCGUUGGACGUGGCUAUCAGAGCGGAGGCCAAGGAAACGGCUUUGGACAGGUUCACAAUUUGGAAAGAAGGAGCUCGCAAGGCCGGGCUCAAACCUUUGUUUGAUUUCAUUGGUGGCAAGACGCGAUGUGGCCAGGUUGCCGUCACGACUCCAGAUGGGCUCACGGCCGACCCUGCUGCUGUCCUUGCUCAUGCUCAGGCGCAGUGGAAUCGCAAAAAUCAUUCGGCUUUGGACGAUGACCUCCGGCAGGCUUAUUUGCGGCGGGUGCGGCCUCAUGUAGUUCCUCACGUUCCUCCUCACGAUGUCGAUCGGCCCUUCUCUGUAAAGGAGCUCCGGCGUGCUUUGAAGGACACUUCUGGGUCCGCUCCUGGUCCUUCGCAGUGGUCGGCUGAUCAGUUGUUGAAGGCGCCCGCUGAGGCGCUUGAAAUGUUGGUUACGCUGUUGAACACCAUCAAAGACACGGGUGUCUGGCCUGCAGCUUUGCGCAUGCAGGAAGUUACCAUGAUUCCAAAGCGCGCGGGUGCCUCGGACAUGCGCCCGAUUGGGGUCACGGCAGUGGUCACUCGGAUCCUGGAGAAGAUGCUCCUUUCCAGAUACAAGCCUUGGGUCGCGCAGAUUCAAAAGACUGAUGCCACCGAGAUCUUGCUAUCUGUCGAGGCCCACAUUGCUCACGCCACCUCCACGGGCCAGCAAUGUAUUUUCCGUCAAAGCGAUCUGAGCAAUUGCUUCACUCGCCUGGAUGUGGACAUCGCCAAACAAUUGGCGCAAUGGUUUGGGAUGCUCCCCAAACACGCCGAGCUUUACUUUGAGCUCAAUCGUCGCAGGCCCGCUGUCAUCAAGGCUGGCUCGGCGGUUAGUCAGUGGCAGGUUCCAGACAGGGGCAUGCCCCAAGGUGAUCCGGUGAGUCCUCUUGCAGCGGCCUUGUAUGCGGCGGCUCAUGAGGCCGUGAUCCGGAAUGACUUCCCCGCGGCUUCCUUCUACACGUUUGUGGACGACCGCACGAUAUGCACAACACAGGAGCAGCACAUGACAGGGGUUGUGAACCUUCUUCGUGAACUUGAUCAUCUCAGUGGACAAGCCGAAGACGCUACAAAGGAGGAAAUGGCUAUCGUCAAUGCAGUACCAGAAAGCCGUGAUCUUUUCCCUCACGCGCGGGACGAGUACAUUGACUUGUUGGGCAUUCGUUUUGACCUCAAUGGCAAGGCCGCUCCCAGCACUGCCCCCAGAGCCCGGGCUCGCUUCAAGGAGCUCGGGCUGCGGGUGGAACGUUUGGGCAAGAUCACGCGCAAUUUGCAACUGGGUUCUUCGCAGCUAUGCAAGGUGAUGAUCGCCACAAUGGGCCUUUUUCGAUGGGAUGCCGCGUGGAUCUCGUGCAAUUAUUCGGAGGUCAAGUCCUUGGCCACGAAGAUUGAAGUUACUUUGCAGGCUCGGAAACGCUACGCGGCAUGGCGCCAUCGUGGAGCUUCUUGGGUUUUGCAGCCGAAAGGUUGGCAUGUCGAACCUAUCGCUUUAAUAACCUUUGCGGCGAUCUGUGCUGGUCGACGAUUGCAAUUCUCUUCCUGGCGCACCGUCAUCGAGCAUGCUUGGUCCCAGCCGUCCGGUUUUCGCAAAAGCUUGGUGGAUCGCAUGAGGGAUGCCUACGAGCGUGUGGGCUGGGAGGCUACAGAUUCUCCUUGGACGGUUCAGACCCCGCAAGGCAGUUUCGACCUCAACAUGAUCAGCCGGGCCGUUUUUGGACACCUCCUGCGACAAGGGUGGAGACAUUACAUGAUGAAGUGCCACAACUCUUGCAGACACGUUUGCAUUGAUGUGGAUAGUAUCGAUGUCGUUCCUUUGCGCAAGUUUGUGGAUGCAACGGUUCCUUCUUCAAGAGCUUUGGCUUGGCGAUGCGCAGUUGCGGCAGAGCCCAACCAUGAGAGGAUGGCUCAUAUUGAUCCAGUCACCUUCCCUUCUCAGGCGUGCCCCCACUGUGGCGCUCAGCGCGCUACCACCUUUCACCUCAUGUAUGAAUGCGAUAGCUCUGCUGCUCUUCGGGCAGAGCUGGAUCUACAGCCCGACGCCCUCGGUGGUGAUCUGGCAGGGUCUCAACGAGCGGCUUGGUUGCAGAACGGUUGGGCGCAGUGGGUUCCUCCACCUGCGGCUGGCGAUUGGACUUGGCACAGAAUCACUCAGUGGAUUGAGGAAGUUCGUGCUUUGCUUGUGGCUCACCCUCCCAAGCUUUUCAAUGGUGAGUUUCUCAUUGCGACGGAUGGCAGCGCGCAGUCACCAGCAGACCCGGAGACUCGAGUGGCAGCUUGUGCUGCGGUGUGGCGAACGUCUUCUGGUUUAAUUUCCUGGUCCCAGCCUUUAGGCAAUAUUGAGAACACGGUCAAUGCUGCUGAGUUGGUCAUAGUCGUCGUGGUGGCAAAGGCGGCGGAGGCAGCGUCUAUGGCUUCUUCUUUGCGUAUUCUUACAGAUCAUGAAAGGGUUCCUGCAGCUUUCAAGAGCAGCAAAUCUUCGUGCGACAAAGUUUCUCUUUGGAAUGCUCUGAAGGAGGUUCACCGAGAUGCUGGUUUUCGUCUGAGUUGGGUUCCUGCGCAUGGCAAGCAUGCACAUGUUCAUGUUCCUACGGAGUGGAGAGAGCUCAACAUGGAGGCAGAUCGCCACGCCAGCUUAGCUGCUCGUGGCGCCGUACACUUGCUGAUUCCUUGGAUUGGCGAGGUAAAGAGGAAGCGGCAGCGCGCCGCAGAUAUCCUCAGGCUUAAGCUUGAGGUCUUUCGACCUACACAUCUUCAGCUUCUUGCAGGUGCUGGAGUUCGUUCUUGA